CGGCGAUAAAAUAUCGUGAUUGAUAAGUCAAUACAAUGGCAAGCCAUGAGUCUCUUCCGGUUGUUCUCUGCGGACGACUUGAAAAGGUGGGCUCUCGUAUUAUCGAAGAGCUGAAACCUGAAUACGAAGUAAUCCAUUUCAUAACGAGUAUCGAGGACGGUGUACACAACCUUCCUCCUAUCCUAUCUGGGUCCUUGCCAUUAUCAGACGAAAGUGGCUUGGGUUCCAAGAGUUAUUCUCGACCCCCCAAGGCAGUCAUUCUGGGUGGUGGAUAUGAUGAUGAAGCUAUCGCUCGACUUCGUUACGCGGUUACCAGCUUGCAGGGGACAAUAGAAGUACCUUGGCUAAAAGCAGAUCUCAAGAAGACGGAGGCUGGCCCUACUCCCGGGACGGAUGAGUACUGCAAUUUUGCGGCAUCCCGGAUGAAAGAGACGCUCAGAGCUUUGCAGGAGAGAGAGAAGCUCGAUACAAGAGGAGAUGGAAUUUUCCUCUGGUGA